AUGAUACAGAAAUUAUGGCUGUCUCGUUCGGGCUGGGAUAAUGAUUUGGAAAAGGCACUACAGGAUGAAUGGCAGAACUACAGAUCCAGUCUUACAGAAUUAGAAAAGAUCAAGAUUACUAGAUGGUUCAGUUACACCUCGACGGCAUGUAAAAUGGAACUACAUGGUUUUUGCGAUGCUUCAAUUAAAGCGUAUGCGGCAGUUGUCCAUUUGGUAGUCACAAACAAAAGCGGUAGCAGGCAAAUUAGUCUGGUGGCGGCAAAGUCAAAAGUAGCUCCAAUAAAGACGAUUUCUUUACCAAGACUAGAGCUGAGUGGAGCAGCAUUGUUAGCAAAAUUAACAAGACCGAUGAUCUGCGUUUUGAAAAUUAUGAACUGGUCAGAGGUACGGGCCUGGACAGAUUCCCAAAUUGUUUUAGCCUGGCUUCAAGGGCAUCCAAGUAAAUGGACUACUGUUGUGGCAAAUCGGACCGCUGAGAUCCACCAUUUAUUGGGAAAGAAUAUAUGGCGACAUGUACCGUCAAAGCAGAACCCAGCAGACUGUGCUUCGCGGGGUGUUCUACCUUUAGAACUGCCAAAUCUGGACUUAUGGUGGCGCGGACCUGAAUGGUUGAGCAUCCCUGAACAAUUUUGGCCUAAUAGAGCCACAUGCGAGAGCACCGACGAAGAAGUGCGUAAAUCAGCAACUUGCAACAGUACACUCACUAACGAUCAUCUCGAUAACAACAUUCUAGGGUUACAAAAUAGGUUGUCCACAUUUACGAAAUUAAUACGAGUAACUAGCUAUGUGAGAAGAUUUAUGAGUGUUAUUAAGAAAGUUAAGCAUGGUGGCAGUUUUAUAACAGCAACAGAAUUCAAUGCAAGUGUAUUUACAUGGAUACGCAUUGUUCAAGGUCAUCAUUUUGCGCAUGAAAUAUUUCAGCUUCAAAAACGAAAAGUUAUAAAUGGAAAUAGUAGUCUGUCAAAACUGGGCAAUUUUUUAGACGAAAAUGGAAUAUUGCGCAUGACAGGUCGAUUAUAUCACUCAGAAUUAAACUACAAUGAAAGAUUUCCUAUUAUUCUUCCCGAUAAAAGUCCCUUUGUGCGACUAUUGUUGGAAAAGGUUCAUCGCGAAACUUUGCAUGGUGGCGCCCAACUUAUGCUGAAUGUUUUAAAUAGGAACUAUUGGAUUAUUGGCGCCAGAAACCAAAUUCGACAAGUGAUACACAAGUGUAUAACAUGCUACAAAGAGCGCGCGGCAGUUCAAACCCAAUGA